AUGGACCCGUUAGCUACCGUGGAAGGGCCACCAGUCAACCUAGCAAGAGAAGAUCCCGCACCCGCAUCUCUUGGACGACUCAUCCAUCGCGCGGAGCGGAACCGCAACCAUGGUCAAGAAAUUGAAGGCCUGGGGCCAAAGAACGGGGCAAGCAAUGUGACUCACCGAGGAGUCUGUUCCCUGAUUGGCGCUGCUUUCCAACGAGUGUCGCUACUGACUAACUGGGCUUCAUGGCCGUUGCUUGAGAACGGGGCGGAUCUAGAAAGACGCCAGGGAUCACAAGGCGGUCACCGAAUAUAG